CACUGACUCUGUUUAUUGUUUAUUCACAGAGAGAAGAAGAAUGUUCUCAUGUCUCUGCUCUAAAUUAUGGUUUUGGACCACUAUAUUGUUAUAGCUGCGCAGAGUUUUUCUUAUUAUUUACUCUUUCUGCAUUUUAUUUUUCUGUGUAAUUUGGAGGAAUAGAUGAUAGUGGAGGCGGCGUUGGAGUUUUUCUUGCCGUCGUGGUGGGAGGUGCAAGUCGCCGUCGCCGCCGCGUCCUUCGUCAUCCUCUCUUGCUGGUUCUUCAACCUCGGCGGAGGUGAUAUAGUUGAUUAUCGCCCUCGGGUUGACCGUUCUCGAAGUGAGAAAGUGGAGGAUGAUCCAGCAUGUAGGGCUAGUAUGAGCCAGUUAAAAGGAGAUCCUCAAACUACUUCUGCCUAUGUAAUCAAGGUUGAAUUGUUAGCUGCUAAAAAUCUUACUGCUGCUAAUUUGAAUGGGACUUCAGAUCCAUAUGCAAUCAUCAGUUGUGGCUCACAAAAGAGAUUUAGUUCAAUGGUUCCUGGUUCAAGAAAUCCUAUGUGGGGGGAGGAGUUCAACUUCUCUGUUGAUGAGCUUCCAGUAGAGAUUAAUGUGACAAUAUAUGACUGGGAUAUAAUUUGGAAAAGUGCUGUUCUUGGUUCAGUGAUGAUACCUGUUGAAAAUGAAGGUCAAACUAAUGCGGAAUGGCAUACCUUGGACAGUUCAUCAGGACAGGUUUAUCUUCAUAUUAAAACAUCAAAACUCAAUGUCAAAUCUUUAAGAGGUUUGAAUGGCUACGCUAAUGCUCGUAGAAGGAUCACUUUGGAUAAACAAGGACCUACCGUAGUUCAUCAGAAACCUGGGCCUCUGCAAACGAUAUUUGAUCUCCCUGCUGAUGAGGUUGUUGAACAUAGUUAUUCAUGUGCUCUCGAAAGGUCAUUCUUGUAUCAUGGCCGUAUAUAUGUCUCAACAUGGCAUAUCUGCUUCCACUCAAAUGUAUUUUCAAAGCAAAUAAAGGUAAUUAUUCCUUUUGCAGAAAUAGAUGAGAUUAGGAAGAGCCAGCAUGCAUUUGUUAAUCCUGCUGUCACAGUAAUUCUCCGCAUGGGUGCUGGUGGCCAUGGGGUGCCUCCUCUAGGAAAUCCUGAUGGUAGAGUAAGAUAUAAAUUUGCAUCCUUUUGGAAUAGGAAUCAUACAUUGAGAUCGUUGCAACGUUCAGCAGAUAAUUAUCAUGACAUGCUAGAAGCUGAGAAGAAGGAGAUGGAACAGUCAGCAUUGCGUGCACAUAGCAGCUCAGUUAAAGGAUGUAAAAAGAUGGAAAUAAAUCAGGAAGAAAGUGUGACCAAAAUUCAGAAAUCGCAACCAUUUAUUAAAGAAGAAGUCCUCUCUAGUGUAUAUAAUGAUGGUUUGACAUGCACACCCGAGCAAUUUUUUGACUUGCUAUUGGCUGAUGAUUCAAAUUUCACUAAUGAGUACCGUGCAGCAGGGAAAGAUUUCAAUCUCAAGAUGGGUCAAUGGAAUUCUGCUGAUGAGUAUGAUGGUCAAGUCAGAGAAAUUACAUUCAGAACAAAAUGUAACAGCCCUAUGUGCCCUCCAGAUACAGCAGUGACGGAGUAUCAGCAUGCUGUUUUAUCACUGGACAAGAAAACUCUUGUAUUUGAGACUGUGCAACAGGCCCAUGAUGUUCCGUUUGGGUCAUGCUUUGAGGUUCACUGUAGGUGGUUUUUAGAAACAACUUCUGAAUCAUCUUGCAGUUUGGACAUAAAAGCUGGUGUUCAUUUCAAGAAGUGGUGCAUUAUGCAGUCGAAAAUAAAGACAGGAGCUAUUAACGAGUACAAGAAAGAGCUGGCAACAAUGCUGGAAGUGGUGCGAUCAAUUGUCAAACCAAGAGUAUCAGUGAGUGAAAUAGAAAAUAUCAUCUACCGAUCACAAUCCUUGUAUGAUCAUAUCACCCUAUCUCCACCAAGGAGAUCGAAUGUUCGCCCUUGUAUAAUUCAUGAGUCAUGACGAUGAAACUCUUCAUCUUAAUGGAAGACUAUAUUUU